GUAUUGUGAUAUGUUAUUUUACAGCCUCGCGGAGCCACGGGAUAAUCUCGUCGUAGUCCUGAUCUUUGAGCACGGCCUGGACCUCGUGGCCGGCCCGGCCGAGGACGAGCGUGCGGUUCGCCCGGGGAAUCACCUUCGAGAGCACGUGCAGGGGGACGUUCUUGUCCUGCGCCCCGGCGACGAUGAACACCAUACCCAUGGCAAAUUCGUUGACGAGACCCGCAGCCUCCCACAUUUGGUCGUCGCCGCCCGGGAAAUACGAGAGCUGGCUCGCGAGGAUCUGUCGUGCGCGCUCGGGUUCGUGCCGCGGCUCGAUCUCCGAGGUACCAUUAAUCACAGCACGGAGAUAAUUCGCGCGCGCCAGGGGGUCCGCGACCGGACACAGGGCCAGCGUAAAUGAAAAAUCCAUCGCGCAGCCCCAGUGAAACGGGUCCGCGGCCAGGGCCAGGGCCAUGUAACCACCGGAGGACGAGCCCGCGACGCCCCAGGCGAGGUCUGGAAACGCCUCGUGAGCCCACGCCGCGACGUCGCCCAGAUCACGUAAAGCCCCCGGGUGCGGGUUCCCGGCGCCUUGCCGAAACGAUGUGUCCAGCACCAUCAGGCCCCGCCGUGCGAAGCCGCGGCCCAGCUCCUCGAAGGACUCACAAGUGCCUUCCGAGAAGCAGCCGCCGUGGGCGUAGACGACGCCGGCGAACGCGUCGUGCGCGUCAUGCGGCCCCGGGGCUUGCUGCAGGACUGUCCAGUUCGUCGCCGGCGCGUAGACCCGCGCGUCGAUGGCGUGGCCGUCGCGGGCGGGGAUCGUGAACGCGUAGGUGGCGACCUCGUACGGGAGCUCGUCGCACUGCUGGGCAUUUGCGGCCAUGGCGACGACGAGCCAGCGGAGCAUUAAUCGAGCUUCGCGUCCGGCAGCCUUGGGAUCGUCUUCUUGCUGCGGUGCUUGAUGAGGGCAAAGGCGCCGGCCAGGCCCAGAACCACUGCUGCCGCGAGGAAUGCUGGUGUUGACAUUGAUCCUUGCAAUGCCUCGGCUUCGUUAAGCACCGUACUUGGCCACCACGCAAAAACUGGUGCUAGCGGCCGUAAGACACUAGCGAGGCACUCUCCUUUGCUUGCGGCGGCUUUGGGCGACGCAGCGGUGGAGACGUAAGGGUGGAACGCGAGAGAGACGUGCUUUUGGAACCGCGCAGCGCCAUGUCAUCUCCAUCCGCAUCGCCCGCAGCCAAGCGCUCGCGCACCGACGCGCCGCCGGGUGCCGCCGCCCAAGCGACGGCCGUCGCGCCCGCCAGACGGUCGCCCGCCGCGGGCGCCGCGCCGGGCCGGUCGCCACCUAUAACAAAAACGAGCCCCGCACUCGCCGGCCUGCGCCCGGGCAAGUCACCGGCCCUCGCCGGCGCCGGCCUGCGCGGGCGCAGCCCAGGCACCGCGCAGAAGUCGCCCGCCGAAAUCCUAUCCUCAAAAAAGCGCCAGCGCACGCCCCCUUCGGCCGACCGGCGCGACCGGCCGGAAUUACCCUGGACCGACCUCGUGUGUGUCGGGAAAGGUACUUAUGGAGAAGUCUACCGCGCGCGGCCCGACGACGCGCGGCGACGUACCCAGGGCACGACCGUGGCCCUAAAAAAAUUCAUCCAGCGCGACGACGACUGGGGCUUUCCGAUUACUACUCUUAGAGAGCACAAGAUCCUGCUCCAACUCAGACAUGCGAAUCUCAUACGGCUUCAUGAAGUGUACUCGCCAUCAAGUUCAUAUAAAAGCCCUGUUUUUAUGGUCUUCGAGUACGCGGAGCUCGACCUGGAGAUCGUCAUCCAGUCGCCAGUGGUGAGAACGAUAGACGAACCAAGACAAAAGUCCAUCGUCCAGCAGAUCUUGGAGGGCGUGCACUACAUGCACGCGAACCAGGUCAUGCAUAGAGAUUUGAAGCCGUCGAACUGCCUCAUCACGCGGAAGGGCGACGUCAAGAUCUGCGACUUUGGAUUAGCAAGGUCGUACAAGCCCGGCCACGCCUAUACUUUGCCUGUGGUCACUCUGAACUACCGCCCUCCGGAGUUAUUGCUAGGUUGUCGGCACUACGGGCCGCCGAUCGACGUGUGGUCUGUGGGCGCUAUCUUUGCGGAGUUGUUGAAGCGGGAGAUCGUGAUCACGGGCCGAGACGAAGGGGAUUACCUGCAGAAGUUGUACGCGUUGUGCGGCACGCCUCGGGAAGUAGACUGGCCCGAGGCCCGAAAAGUGUGUAAACAUUGGCGCGAGGCGUGUGGGGUGCGAGGCGUGGAGGACAAGGUCACGACCGAGCCGUAUCCGGUGGCCGCGUCGGUGCCGCGCCGGCGCCGCGUCCUGGAGGCGUUUGCGGAGAGGUCCGAGGCCGGCGCGAAACUACUUGACCGGUUACUGGCUCUCUCGCCGAAAAAACGCGUCACGGCCAAGGACGCGCUCGACGACGACUUCUUCUGGGAGGGGGCGCCGCCUUUAGCUGCUGGUGACCGUUCUUUACCCUGGGACUGCGACCUCGUGAGGGCGUCGCGCGACGACACGCAGCGGUCGCAAGCCAGAGCGCGGCAGAAGAAGGCCCAGCAGCAGCAGGCGGCUAAGUCCUAGUACAUUGUUA